GAUUUCUCUCUGGAUUGCUCAUUGAAUCCGCGUUGUCGCCCGCUGAGUUGGUAUCUGUCAAUAUCCCUAACGCCCAAUCCAUGAGAGCUUGAGGAAUCCGUCCGUGGUGUGGCUGCUGUAGAACGUACAUUCACCAUGCGGUUCAACACACGAACCCUGCCCGCUUCAACCCUCCUCGCCGGCGCCCUUCCUUCCCUCUCCGCCGCCUUCUAUCUACCUGGUGUAGCUCCCACCUCUUACGAUGAAGGUCAAUCCGUUCCGCUGUACGUCAACCAUCUGACGCCGGGGCUAGCGCAGCAAGACGACCAGCUGCAUUCCGUGUUCUCCUUCGACUACUACCACCAGGCCUUCCACUUCUGUGCCCCGGAAGACGGUCCGAAAGAUGUCCGAGAAUCCUUAGGAAGCAUUCUGUUUGGCGACCGGAUCCAGACCUCGUCGUUCGAGCUGUCGAUGGCCAAGAAUGAGACGUGCAAGUCCGUGUGCAGGGAGGUCAAGUUCGACGCCCGGAGCGCCAAAUUCACCAACCGACGCAUCGCGCAGGGCUACAACAUCAAUUGGCUCGUGGAUGGUCUGCCGGGAGCGCAGAUCAACAUUGACUCCGGUACCGGCGACAAGUUCUACAGCCCCGGGUUUGCUCUGGGCACCCUGGACGAGAACGGACAGUCGCUCCUGCACAACCACUAUAACAUCUACAUCGACUAUCACCGUGUGGGAUUCGGCAACAAGGACAAGUUCCGGGUGGUCGGCGUGCUUGUCAAGCCAGAGUCGAGAGGGACCUCUCACGUGCUCGAGGAUGGCGCGGCGGACUGUGGUAGCAACGAGACGCCCGUUGUUCUGAACGAGGAUGGCGAGACGCCCGUCAGCUGGACCUACAGUGUCUACUGGACCGAAUCUACCACGCCGUGGGCCACUCGUUGGGACAAAUACCUGUACGUCGAGGACCCGAAGAUCCACUGGCUUUCCCUCAUCAACUCGGCGAUUUUCGUCGUCUUCUUGGUCGGCAUGGUCAGCAUGAUCCUCGUGAGAGCUUUGAAGAAGGACAUUGCGCGGUACAACCGACUGGACAUGAUCAACCUGGAUGAUCUGGAUGGCACGUCUGCUGCCGUGGAGGAUGGCAUUCAGGAGGACUCUGGCUGGAAGCUUGUCCACGGCGACGUGUUCCGCUGCCCUCAAUCGCCUUUGCUGCUGAGUGUUCUUGUCGGAAACGGUGCCCAGCUCUUCAUGAUGACCGGCGUUACCGUUGUUUUCGCUCUCCUCGGGUUGCUGUCUCCUUCGAACCGCGGGUUCCUGGCCACUGCGAUCCUUCUUAUCUACACUCUGUUCGGUUUCAUUGGAGGAUACGUCUCCUCGAGAGUAUACAAGUCGUUUGGUGGAGAAUCGUGGAAGCGCAACAUCAUCAUGACCCCGGUGUUGGUCCCCGGGCUCAUCUUCAGCGUCUUCUUCCUUCUCAACCUGUUCGUCUGGGGCAAGGGAUCCAGCGGCGCCGUUCCGUUCACCACCAUGCUCGCCUUGGUUCUGAUCUGGUUCGUCAUUAGCGUGCCGUUGAGUUUCGCGGGUAGCUGGCUUGGAUUCAAGCAGCAGGCCAUCGAAGGUCCGACCAAGACCAACCAGAUUCCGCGCCAAGUACCCCCGAUGACCGGCACCCUCCGAACUGCUCCGUCGUUGCUGCUGACUGGUGUUCUGCCCUUCGCGGCCAUCUUUGUGGAGCUGUACCUCAUUACGAAAUCGCUCUGGACCAACCGAAUCUACUACAUGUUCGGAUUCCUGUUCCUGUGCUACGGACUGAUGGUCAUCACGUCCGCUGCCACCACGGUGUUGUUGGUGUAUUUCUUGCUCUGCGCCGAGAACUACCGGUGGCACUGGCGCGCGUUCGCGGGCGCGGGUAUGACGGGUGGAUUCGUCUUCCUCAACGCCCUGCUUUUCUGGGCGACCCGAGUGAGCUUCGGCGGGUUCACCGGAGCGGUUCUGUACCUCGGAUACUCGGCCUUGAUCUCUUUUAUAGUCUUCAUCUUGACAGGCUCCAUUGGAUUCUUUGCCAGCUGGGCGUUUGUGCAGCGCAUCUACGGCUCGAUCAAGGUCGAUUAAGAUCGUAACAUAUUUCAGCAUGAACAUCUGUAAUCUCGGUCUCUGUAUGAUCGGACUCGGUGACUAUCGGCAUCUGCAUGCGAGACCGAGUUGUAUUUCCUAUAGAACGAUGAUGAAUUGUCAGUGUCUUCGGAUAUCCCUGUAUAGUUUGUGAACUGUUUGGAUUGGGUUGUUUGAUUGCAGAGCAAUAGCGCGUGGCCUGUACAUAGAACAUGAAAGUAGUUUUUCGCCAGGGUGGAGAUCCUC